AUGAAAUCUAUCUUGCUGAUUGGUCUCCCUGCGGUCUCCGCCGCCGUGACUCCUCGUCAAAGCUACUUCAGCUUUGGGAACUACUUUUCGACAGGCCCGGUUGCAACCAAUUCAUGGAUUCGGCAGGCAACCACAACACUCAUCCUGCCAGCCCUCAACAGCCCCCACACCGGAAACCUAGGCUUGUGGCCUGGAAUGGGCACCAAGUUUGACUCGGGAGCAGAUGGACAUCUCGUCCAAGGCCUUGCCAUCUCCACUGUUGGAUAUGGAUCUCCAUGCAACUUUGCUUCCGGCGACGUCAACUGGUGUGCCGUUGCAAGCACAUAUGACGGGAACCAACACGAUGGUACUCCAUACAGAGCAAAGCCUGGCGACCGUGUCACAUACGACUACAAGUACAAUGAUGCCACUUCCCAAUUCGAUCAGACGGUGUCGGUGAACGGCGCUGUAGUGUCGACCUUGUCCACAACGAGCGGCCAUGGCGCAGGUUGGGGCACAGCGAUGGAAUGCCAGCAGGCGAAAUGCGGAACCGUCCCGGAGCAUCACUACGUCAACACGACGAUCAUCAUGAACACCGCUGAUCCGAACUACUCCAAGACCGUUGGGCUCAACGGUGCUACGGGCAGUCUGGUCACCUCAAACGGCGGCAAGACCUGGACUGCGGCUGACAUCACCAUCCAGCAGUACACCUACACUUAG